CGAUAUUAUCCGGAAAAAAAGAAAGAAAGAGAAAACAAAACAACACUCUCAAGCUUUUCAGCCAUGGCAGUCCAAGCUACUGACUACUUCAUCGAAACUCAACUCCUCAAUCACCAAAAACACUACGUUUCCUUCAAUUUUCCGUCGAUUCUAUCUCCCAACCCUAAACCAAGCCCAUCUAGUUCUCUCUCCGAUUUCACCUAUCAAAUCACAUCUCAAAAGCCUUUUCUCGACUCAUUGUUGCUCAAAUCUGGAGCUGUGCUCUUCAGGGGAUUCCCCGUGAAAACGGCGAAAGAUUUCAACGACGUCGUCGAGGCUUUUGGCUUCGAGGAGAUGCCGUACGUUGGCGGCGCUGCUCCUCGGACUAACGUCGUCGGCCGUGUUUUUACAGCGAAUGAAUCGCCGCCUGAUCAAAAGAUCCCUUUUCAUCAUGAGAUGGCUCAGGUGCCUGAAUUUCCAUCGAAGUUGUUCUUCUUUUGUGAAGUAGAGCCAGGAACUGGAGGAGAAACACCCAUAGUUCUAAGCCACAUUGUGUACGAGAAAAUGAAGGAGAAAUACCCAGAAUUCGUGGCUCGACUGGAGGAGCACGGAUUGAUAUACACGAGGGUGUUAGGGGAGGACGACGAUCCUUCAUCUCCCAUUGGUCGUGGCUGGAAAUCAACAUUCUUGACAUCCGACAAGGCUGUAGCUGAGGAAAGGGCUGCAAAGCUAGGGAUGAAGCUGGAAUGGAUGGGAGACGGUGUGAAAACAAUAAUGGGGCCAAUUCCAGCCAUUAAAUAUGACAGAUCAAGGCAACGCAAAAUCUGGUUCAACAGCAUGGUGGCCGCGUACACCGGGUGGGAAGACGCGAGGAACGACCCAGUGAAAGCGGUCACUUUUGGUGACGGCCAACCGUUACCGGCCGACAUCAUCUAUGACUGCCUCAAAAUCCUUGAAGAUGAAUGUGUUGCUAUCCCUUGGAAGAAAGGAGAUGUUUUGUUGAUCGAUAAUUGGGCCGUUCUUCAUUCUCGACGUCCGUUCUACCCACCUCGACGUGUGCUGGCUUCACUCUGCAAGUAGGACUGCACAAGUUUAUUACAUAAUCACUUGUUUUAUUUCGUAUGGUAUAUGUUAUCAAUACGGUCUAUAAUAAUUACGAUGAUUAUCAAUAAUGGAAAA